AUGGCGCAGAGUUCAAGCGAGAAGAUAGCAGAACCUGAUGACCCUGCCUUCAUCGAUACCAUAUUUUCUUGGUCUCUUGAGGACAUUUUCAAUGAAAACCUUUUUAAGGUCGAAAAGAUUCCAGAGUCCUUUUUAUCAGUUCAGCACUAUUUAGGUUCAUAUAUACUUCCUUUGCUUGAAGAAACUCGAGCACAGCUCCAUUCAAGUAUCGACAUUAUUGUCCGAGCACCAUAUGCUUCAGUGAUUUCUUUCUCUGAGUGCAAGCCUGAUGGAAGAUUAGUAUAUGAUGUUACUGUCGAUUGCUGGAGAAACAGAUUCAGUGAUUGCGGAAAGCAUCCUUACACGACAUUGCCUGGAGAUAUUGUUAUUCUAACAGAUGCUAAACCUAAAACCACCUCCGACUUGCAAAGCACAGGAAGGGCGUGGACUUUAGCACUGGUCGCCGAUGUCAAAGACAACGCAGAUGACAGUGUUAUAAAAUUUGCUUACAGAGUCAAGGCAUCUAAAGAUGUUGCCGAAAAAUGUAGCUAUUGUUCCACGCGGCGUGAUGGAAUCUUUGAUGAGAGAUUUGUUACAAAUUUAUCAUCUAAAUUGAAUGAAUCCCAAAAUGAGGCAGUUGUGGCUUGUCUUGACAAAAUGCAGUGCAACCAUAAGUCUUCUGUUGAACUUAUUUGGGGCCCAGCAGGGACGGGGAAAACCUACACCGUCAGCAUGUUACUGUUUGGCCUUUUAAGAAUGAAAAGUAGGGGCCUGACUUGUGCCCCAACUACGGUGGCCGGGAUAGAGGUGGCCACCAGGGUCCUAAAGCUGGUGACUGAAUCUUGUGAAACAGAAUCAGGAACUCAUGAUAUGGGUUUUUCUUUGGGAGACCUUCUUUUCUUUGGUAAUGGGGAGGGACUUAAAGUUGAUUCAGGAAUUGAAGAAAUAUAUCUAUGUUAUCGAGUUGAAAGACUUCUGGAGUGCUUUGGUCCUGAUGGUUGGCGGCACUGUUUCACUUCUGCAAUUGAAUUUUUUGAAGAUUGUGCUUCACAGUACUUCAACGAGCAAGGGAGCAGUCAUGAAAAUGAAAACAAAGAUGAAAAAAGCUUCAGUGCAAGAGAUGAUGGCAUUGGGGAGUGUAAAUCGUUUCUUGAAUUUGUAAGAGAGAGAUUUCGAUCUACUGCUUCACCACUGAAAAAGUACAUGUAUGUUUUACGCACUCAUAUUCCUGAAAGUUUCAUUCUGAAACAAAACAUUGAGAACAUUUUACGCCUUGUUGGGUUACUGGACUCUUUUGAGACUCUGCUAUUCUUCAAUGAUAUAAUACCUGAAGAGCUGAAGAAGCUUUUUUCUUAUCCUGAGUUAGUUGAGGACUCUUCCAAAGAUUUUCCAGAUAUAUUAUUGCUCUUGUGCUUGAGGAGACGCGAAUGCCUUUCUCUGUUAAAAACACUCCAUAAUUGUCUCAGUGAACUUAAUCUUCCCAGUUCAGAGGACAACGAUUUAAUUGAAGAGUUCUGUUUUAGAACAGCGUCUUUGAUUUUUUGCACGGCAUCCAAUUCAUAUAAGCUGCAUUCCUUGGCCAUUUCACCACUCAAGUUUUUGGUAAUUGAUGAAGCAACACAGUUAAAAGAAUGUGAAACAGCAAUACCCUUGCAACUUCCUGGUAUUAGGCAUGCCAUUCUUAUUGGUGAUGACUGCCAGUUACCAGCUAUGGUUGAAAGCCAUAUGUACGAUGCACCGAAUGUCAAUGUCAAGGGUAGAAAAUGUGAAAACCGUUAUCUUCCAGGGCCAAUGUUUGGUCCAUAUUCCUUCAUAAAUAUAUUUGAUGGUAGAGAGGAGCUGGAUGACAUUGGGCAUAGCCGCAGAAACAUGGUUGAAGUCGCCAUUGUGUGGAAGCUAGUGCAAAAUGUUUACAAAGCGUGGAAAGGCUCAAAACAGAAGCUCAGAAUUGGUAUAAUUUCUCCAUAUUCCGCUCAGGUAGUUGCCAUCGAAGAGAAACUUGGUCAGAAGUAUGAACACAUUGAUGGUUUUUCAGUGAAGGUGGACUCAGUAGAUGGCUUCCAGGGCGGGGAGGCAGAUAUUGUAAUAAUAUCAACUGUAAGAUCAAAUGCAGGUGGAGCAAUUAGGUUCAUGUCUAAUCCUCGGAGGAUUAAUGUUGCUCUCACAAGAGCUAGGCAGUCUCUUUGGAUUUUGGGUAAUGAGAGAACCCUGUGUCAAAGUGCCUCUGAUUGGGAGGUUUUAGUCCAUGAUGCUCAGGAGCGCAGGUGUUUCUUUAAUGCUGAUGAAGAUAAGGAAUUGGCGAGAACCAUUUUCGAAGUCAAGAAAGAGUUUGAUCAACUUGAUGAUUUGCUUCGUGGAGAUUGUGCCCUUUUAAGAUGUGCUAUAUGGAAGGUUCAUUUCAGUGAAUACUUUCGAAAAUCUUUUGGGAAGCUUGCAUCUCGAAUAAGAACCUACAUUCUGAAUUUUCUACUCAAACUUGCCAGUGGCUGGCGUCCUAAGAGAAGGACUGUGGAUUUGAUAUGCAAAAGAUCUUCUCAAAUCUUGAAACAGUUCAAGGUCGAGGGAUUAUACAUAAUCUGCUCAAUUGAUAUUGUGAAGGAAAAGAGGUAUACUCAAGUUUUGAAGGUUUGGGAUCUAUUGCCAUUAGAAGAUGUUCCUGGAUUGCUCGAACGUCUCGAUGGCAUCUUUGAAACAUACACUGAUGAUUUUAUCAGACGUUGCAAGGAGAUAUCUGUGGAGGGGUAUAAGAAUGUUAGGAGCAUUGGAAGAGGGGGCUCAGAUGGUAUCAUGGAGAACUCAAAAGUGAGUGAAAGUUUGUUGCUGAUGAAAUUUUACUCCCUGUCAUCAGGUGUCGUAAAACACUUGCUUUCUGAUAGCGAUGGUAGAGAAUUGGUGCUCCCAUUUGAAGUAACAUAUGAGGAACGGAACAUAAUUCUAUUUCAAAAAAGUACGUUUAUCUUGGGACGAUCAGGCACCGGGAAAACAACUGUUUUAACCAUGAAGUUGACUAAGAAAGAGCAGCUGCAUCAUAUAGCAACAGAAGGAUUUGGUGAAAAAUAUGGAAACACCUUGGAGGAUGCCUGCUGGAGAAAAAAUUUUAACGAUGGCAUUGAAUUGGUAGAGGGUGAUGUUGAAGAGGCCAAGAAAUCUGUCUUGCGCCAGCUUUUUGUGACAGUUAGUCCCAAACUCUGUUAUGCUGUCAAACAACAUGUUUCUCAGUUGUUAAGGUUAGUGGAUUGCUCCCUAGAAUUUACCAUGUAUAAGAAAGAAGCCUUGUUAUACAUGUGCAGCUUUGCCUCUGGUGGUAAAUAUUCAUCAGGAAGUAGUUCAGCCAUAGAAGAUAUCGAUGACACAGCCCUAUACCAUGGCAUCCCAGACUCCUUUGUUGAUAUUCCUCCCAAGUCGUACCCUCUUGUAAUAACUUUAUCUAAGUUUCUGGUGAUGCUUGAUCUAACGAUUGGUAAAUCCUACUUCGAAAGGUUUCCUUGUGUGAGGCGGUUUUUGCAUGGAGAAAGGGGAAAUUCAGGAUCAAUAUCCCUACUUACUUUAAUACAAACAAGAGAGGUGGACUUCAAAAAGUUUCUCUCAAUUUUGGCCGCAUUUUGA